AUGGCAGCAACAGUCCCUCAAGGUAAAAGUUGGCAAGAACACAACAAAAUUCGCAAAGAGAAACGUAAGAAAUGGAGGGAAGAACGUCUAGUGAAAAAAACUAAAAAAGAAACAGAAGCAGAAGAGAAAAUUGAGGAGGAACCCCAGAAGAAACCUGAAAAGAUUGAAAUUUCGACCCUGAGCAUCGCAGUUCCAGGGUCAAUCCUCGAUAACGCCCAAUCCCCUGAGCUGAGAACAUACCUGGCUGGACAAAUAGCACGUGCAGCCUGCAUUUACAAAGUUGACGAAGUGAUUGUCUUUGACGACCAAGGACAGGUGACGGAAGGCGACAGGAAGAAAAUAAAGAAAGACGAACAGUUGGGGGAGGCCAGGGUGGGCUGCCUGCAGCUGGCGAGAAUUCUGCAGUACCUCGAGUGCCCCCAGUACCUGAGGAAGUACUUUUUUCCACUGCACAAGGAUUUGCAGUACGCAGGGGUUUUAAAUCCUCUGGAUGCACCUCAUCACCUGAGGGCCAAUGAUGUUUCACCCUUUCGAGAAGGAGUGGUGACUAACAAACCGAUUAAAGCUGGAAAAGGAUCACAGGUGAAUGUGGGACUGCUCAAUGAUGUUCAUAUUGACAAAAUGCUGACCCCUGGGCUCAGGGUUACCCUGAGAAUUCCGCUGGAUCAGGAAAAUCCUAAGAGAUUGAAAGGUACUGUAGUUGCUCCUACAGUUCCACACGCUGAGACCGGAAUAUAUUGGGGGUAUUCCGUGCGUUUAGCCUCGAGCAUCACCGAGGUAUUCUCCCAAUGCCCCUACGAGAAGGGUUACGACCUUACAAUUGGAACAUCUGACAAGGGAUCACCGACCGACGAGAUUCCCUCGAAGGGUAUUGAGUACAACCACGGGCUGGUGGUGUUUGGGGGUCUGUCAGGUCUGGAGACAGCCCUCGAGGCCGAUCCAUGCCUCAGCAUCGAUGACCCGAGCCUCCUCUUCGAUAAAUACCUUAACACCUGUCCUGAGCAGGGCUCCAGGACUAUCAGAACUGAGGAAGCCAUUCUGGUUUCUCUUUCUGAACUCAGGGGCAAAUUACUCGCCAAACAUCCUCCUAUUUCCCAUCCACAAUUUCCCCUUCACAAGGAGGAACAGCCACAUCUACCCCAUACUGAGGAUAAAUGCAGUAAAACGAUCAAUUCUGACGACAAAAAUGAGAGCAAAGUGAGGGUUUAUCAAUCGGAUUCUAGUGAAGGAGAGUAAUAAUACUGGAAUUGGAAAAAUCGAGACUUUUUGAUUACGAGAAUAAUAAAGCUUAUUUUUUAUUCUGAACAA